UAAAUAAAUAUACAUGCUUGUAGUUUGGGUUUCUUAAUAGCAAUGGCAACAUGGCGCAAGGUUGACAGUUCGCGGUCCGUGGCAUAACCUCAAAUAUUCUAGGCCAACUUUAAAAAACAUUUUUAUCUAAUUAAAUAAAAGUCCAACUUAAACUAACUGAAAAUAUGUGUGCAAAACCGCUUACUCCCGAGGAAAAGUACAAUUUGAUAUCCAGGAACCUGCAAGAGGUCCUCGGAGAGGAUAAAAUCAAGUCGGUACUGAAGGAGCGGGACUUGAAAGUGUACUGGGGCACUGCCACAACUGGUAAGCCCCAUGUGGCAUACUUUGUGCCUAUGUCUAAAAUUGCUGACUUCCUAAGGGCAGGAGCUGAGGUUACAAUCCUUUUUGCUGACUUACAUGCUUACUUAGACAACAUGAAGGCACCAUGGGACCUAUUGGCUCUCCGAGUCGAAUACUAUGAGCAUUCUAUUAAAGCAAUGCUUAAAAGCAUUGGAGUUCCCUUGGAAAAAUUGAAAUUUGUUAAAGGAACUGAGUACGAGCUCUCUAAGGAGUAUACAUUAGAUGUAUACAGGCUUACCUCAGUUGUCACUGAACAUGAUGCAAAAAAAGCGGGAGCUGAAGUAGUUAAACAAGUCGAGCAUCCAUUGUUAAGUGGACUCCUGUAUCCUGGACUCCAGGCAUUGGAUGAGGAAUAUUUAAAAGUGGAUGCUCAAUUUGGUGGGGUGGACCAAAGAAAAAUCUUCACUUUUGCCGAAAAGUACUUGCCCCAGUUAGGUUAUGCUAAAAGGGCCCAUUUAAUGAACCCCAUGGUGCCCGGUUUAACUGGAUCGAAAAUGUCUUCGUCAGAAGAGGACAGUAAAAUUGACCUCCUUGACUCCCCGGCUAAUGUUAAAAAGAAGCUUAAAAAGGCCUUUUGUGAGCCAGGCAAUAUUGAGAAUAAUGGUGUUCUGUCUUUUGUGAAACACGUUGUUUUCCCAUUGCUUAAUGAAUCAGAAGGGUUUGUGAUAAAAAGGAGUGCUGAGUUUGGUGGGGAUAUUAGUUUUGAGAACUUUGAUGCAUUGGAGCAGGCUUUUGCCAAGGAGGAAGUACAUCCAGGAGACUUAAAGGCCGCCGUAGAAAUCCAAAUAAAUAGACUCCUGGCACCGAUAAUCAAAGAAUUUGAAACCCCAGAAUUGAAGAAACUGGCCCAGAAAGCUUACCCUGCCCCAUCCAAACAAAAAGCAGGAAAUCAGUCUGGCACCGAUGAGUUAACACCCAGUAAACUGGACAUCAGGGUGGGAAAAAUCGUCGAAGUAAGCAGACAUCCGGACGCAGACGCUUUGUAUGUGGAAAAAAUCGACUUGGGAGAGGAACAACCCAGAACAAUAGUUAGCGGACUGGUGAAUUUUGUACCUAUCGAGGAAAUGCAGAAUAGGAUGGUCGUGGUUUUAUGCAAUUUGAAGGCGGCUAAAAUGCGAGGGGUGGAGAGUCAGGGAAUGGUUUUGUGCGCCUCAGUAGAUGAACCGAAACAGGUAGAGCCGCUCUGUCCUCCAGAGGGCGCAGUAGCGGGUGAAAGAGUUUUCGUGGAAAACUACGAGGGGGGAUCCCCGGAUGUGGUACUAAACCCCAAGAAAAAAGUGUGGGAAAAACUUCAGGUCGAUUUAAAAACGAACGGGGAUCGCGUGGCCCAAUGGCAAGGCAACAAUUUACUCACCAAAUCUGGCGGGACCAUUCGCAGUAAAACCAUGACCGGUGCACCGAUAAAGUAAGCCGCAUUUCUUAUGUAAGGAUCAAUAUAUUAUGUAUUUAUUAAAA